AUGGUUUUGUUCUGUCAGUCUGUGUUUUUUUUCUUCUUCCUCCUUCUAUGUUUUCUUUCUGAGUCAUCUCUCUCAGAAGUGUGUUUAAAAUAUCUCUGUGUGUGCAGCUACAAAACUCAGCUGGAGUUAAACAGUCAGACUCUCAGACCGAAGAGGAACAGCCGUGAUUGAAGUUUCAUCUCAUGAAAAUGGAAGUCUCGGAGGAGUUUGACUACUAUUACCACGAAAACAUCAGUUUCAACUUCAGCUAUGAAGACUACCCCGCCCUUUGUAGGAAGGGUGACAUCCGUUCCUUCGCUGGCGUCUUUCUCCCCAUCAUGUACACUGUGUGUCUGGUGGUUGGCGUGGCAGGAAACGCUUUAGUCGUUGCCAUCUACGCCUACCACAAACGCCUCAAGACUAUGACAGACACCUUCCUGACCCACUUGGCUGUGGCUGACCUGCUACUGCUCUUCACACUGCCAUUCUGGGCUGCUGAUGCGGCAAGGGGCUGGGAUCUGGGCGAGGUCGUGUGUAAGAUUGUGUCUGCCUGCUACACAGUCAACUUCACCUGCUGCAUGCUGCUGCUGGCUUGCAUUAGCCUGGAUCGCUACUUCGCAUUAGCUAGAGCGCAAGGGAAUGACCAAAGAGGGCGGCUGGAGAGGAUGUUCAGCAGGAGACACUGCUGGAAGGUGUGUUUGGUUGUCUGGAUGACAGCUGUCUUCCUCGGUCUUCCUGAUUUGAUCCUCUCAGAAGUAAGAUGGUCGUCCGGUAGGAGCAUCUGCCUGGCUGUCUACCCUCCAUCAAUGGCAGGAGGCGGGAAAGCUGCUCUGGAGAUGGUAGAGGUGAUGCUGGGAUUCCUGCUUCCUCUCAUCAUCAUGAUGAUCUGUUACUGCAGAGUGGGCUGGGCGCUUAAAGACCUCCCCGUUGAGAGCAGAGGAAAGAAGUGGAAAGCUCUGCGUGUUCUCCUGAUAGUCGUCGGGGUGUUUGUGGUCACCCAGCUUCCAUAUAACGUGUUGAAGGCGUAUCGAGCGAUGGACUCGGUCUACAUCUUAGUGACCCACUGUGGGACAAGUAAAGUGUUGGAUCAGGCGGCGCAGGUGACAGAGAGCUUGGCCCUCACUCACUGCUGCCUCAACCCCAUCCUCUAUGCCUUCAUGGGAUCAUCCUUCAGGCAGCACAUGAUGAAAGUGGCCAAGAAAAUUGGAGAGAGGAGGAGGAAGAGGAGGAAGGAAAAUCCUGAAGUGGAGGAAGGAGUGGAGAUGUCAUUUAACUCCCAUAGUGCAUCCCAAGAGACAAACACCUUCUCAAUAUGAGAUAGGUAUAGGAUGUGUGCUUGAAUCACUUUUUAUAGCAGCAUGAGUAGAAAUCAUUUAGCUGUAGUUAUUUUUCACAAGUGUUAACGAUCCCACCACAUCUAAAACAGAACAAUUUGACUGUUUUCUCCUCCCAGUUUAUUAAAAAAGACACUGAGCGAAGUUCGGUGUCAAUCAAUCAGUCCAUCAGGCAACUUUAUCAAUCCCUCUAGGGGCAUCUUUGGAACAGAUGGAGCAUAGAUGGCACAAAUAAAACACAGCAGUGGACAAAAGAAUUGACUCAGAAGAGGUAAAAUAUGAAAUAAAAUCUAAAAUAAAUACUGAAAUUGAGCAGACAGAUUGGGGCUGAUAAAGAUAAAAGGACCAGUCUUGAAAAGGAUAAGAAGCACAUAAAAAAUGUAUUAAAAAAUCUGAUUGUGGAGGGGAAUAAUUUUAACAAUUAAAAAGUUUAACAAGCAGGUCAAACAUAAUGUCCUGUUUGCAACAGAGAAAACUAAUUUAAAAGGGACACGGAUUAUUGGACUGACUCUCUCCCCUCUUCACAAUAACCUCACUUUCACAUUAAAUCUGAGUUGAAUUUGUCAUAGACUGACCGCAGGCUGUUGAUGACAUCCUGGUCCAGAAGAAACAUAGCAUUUAUCUUCUGCAAGCAAAAAAUUAAAUAAAUUGAAUGUUUUUCUUAAAAGUUUAAUUUCAAGAAGCCACAGUAUCAUUGCAGGAUUGUUAACUAGCUCAAAGGCAGACAUAAUAUGAUUCCCCACCCCCACCAGAUCUAAUAACAACAGCCAUUCCUCUAUCAUUUUCCAAGCCAAAGGUUGGAAUGAAGAAAUGUCCCACAUACUGUCCAAAAUCAGAGCAGGUAUUUUAGACUCACUGCAGAAUGAGUUUAACGGCUCUGCAGAAACAGACAUCACCACCACAUCUAUUGGGCUUUCAGUGUAAGCAUGCAUAUUUCUGUACGAGACUAAAAUUAUUUUUAAGAUGCUACUACUCGUACUUGUUAAAAUUCAAAGUUUGUUUUGGUUAAUCCUGGAGAAAACUGAAACUUUCCAGGAUUUCACAAGAAACAUUUGAAACUUUCCAGCUGUCCACACAGUGAAAAGUACAAAGAAGAAACUGGAACUUGAUAUCUUGCCAAGACAAACAAGUAUAGUCUAUUUGUAAAGCUGCGAAAGAGUACUUGCUCUUUAGCAAACAUUUUAGUUACUGCAUUUACUGUAUCUAUAAACUAUGCUGCUAAUCCAGCCUGUUCUUAUCAAGUUUAUGAAUAAAUACUUCUUAUCAACUGCACCAGCUUAAACCAGAUGUACUACACAUGCCUACACCCACACCUUAAAGUGAGGAUGCAGGAUUUAUUUUAUAAGAUCCAGAAAUAAUUCUCCAAAUAAACAUGUAUUUGCUCUGUCAGCUGGAGGACCUUUUUAUUUCCCUAAAAUUAGGAGACAACUAAAUUACAUUACAUUACAUUGGUCUAAAUAUGGUGUCAUUUUCAGUCUUGUGCCUAAUCUUUUAAGAUAAGAUUUAUCUCCCUUUCGUGAGGGAAAGUCAGGGUUUUGUUGUAUUCCAAAUUUCUCUGAACAUCUGAGACAAAUUUCCUGCAUACGUACUUCACAGUUCACAUCUGGUCACACAGUAAAGCCUGCAAAACAGACUUCAAAACAACAUUUCAAGAGGUGAUAAGGGACUAUUGACAAGAAACUUCUCUUAAGUAAUUGCAUUUAUCAUAUGUAUUACUUCAUUACUUCAUUCUAUGUAACAAUAUGUACAGCACUGUGACACCUGGUAGAAGAUCAUGCAAUCCUGAGUCUCUGCUAGGACUGCAGCAUUGAUAAGGAUGUUUCACCAUCAAUGAGAGUGUAGUUUCAUUCUAAGUGGGAACCUCACUGAAUGGUUCCCAGAAUCUGGUUUCCCCAUUUUCUUCCUCAUCACCAUUGACUAAAUUAUGUGAAAAGAUCACCUCAUACAAGCCCAGAGGAAUCCAGAGACUCUCUUCACCUAGCUAAAAGAUCUUGAUGCUGAUAACCUUGCUGUUCUUUUCACAAAUCAUACUCAGCUGCAAGAGAAGGUGAAUAUAGGACUGACAGAUUUGCCAAGCAGAUGAGGUUGAACAUAAGUAAAUAUAGAAUAUAAACAGCCUAAAAACAAGGAGUAUGUUAAAUAAGAUGUUCUGUACAGUUAAGAAGGCUGUGGUUGAGAAUGACAUUACAAUAAACCAGACUGUCCACAACGGAUGUCUACGGGA